AUGUCGACCAACGCAAGAUUUGACCCCAACUUCACUCCCUAUGUCAUCAAUGCCAUGGGACCUGGCACUCCCGACCGUGCUCGUGUCAUUCUGGGAUCCUUGAUCAAGCACAUCCACGACUUUGCCCGUGAGGUCGAGCUUACUCCUGCUGAGUGGAUGAUGGGUGUUGAGUUCAUCAACUCGAUUGGUCAAAUCAGUACUCCCAUUCGUAACGAGGGUCACCGUAUCUGCGAUGUCAUUGGUCUCGAAUCCCUCGUCGACGAGAUCGCCAACCGCAUUGUCACCGAGCAGGGCAUGUCUCCCACUUCCAACGUCAUUCUCGGUCCCUUCUGGUCGCCCAACGCUCCUUUCCGUGAGCUCGGUGACAGCAUCAUCCAAGACCCCAACGAGAGCGGAAGAGUCACAUUCAUGCACGGUGUUAUCAAGGACAUGGACACUGGCAAGCCCAUUGAGGGCGCCGUUCUCGACAUCUGGCAAGCUUCUGCCAACGGCAAGUACGACUUCCAGGACCCUGACCAGUCCGAGAACAACCUCCGUGGCAAGUUCAAGUCCGACAAGGAUGGCAAGUUCCACUGGUACUGCUACCACCCUACUGCCUACUCUCUUCCCACCGAUGGUCCCGCUGGUGUUCUCCUCAGACUCAUGGACCGCUCUCCCUGGCGCCCUGCCCACAUUCACUUGAUGAUCACUCACCCUGAAUACGCCACUGUCAUCAACCAGCUCUACCCCAACAACGACCCUCACCUUGGUGAUGACUCCGUCUUUGCCGUCAAGGACGACCUCAUUGUCGACUUCAAGCCCAGAAAGGAUGACCCCAAGGCUGAGCUCGACCUCGAGUUCAACGUCACCAUGGCUCUCAAGAAGCACCACCCCAACCCCAACUCUGCUCCUCCGGUCUCUUCGUUCGAGCGUUCCAUGGGUGGUAACAAGAAGCCUACCAACCCCAACCAGGCUGCUGCCAACCUGUAA